AUGUGGGAUGUGCUUGAAGUAACACAUGAAGGAACUAGUGAAGUUAAAGUCUCUAAAAUUCUUGGAUUGACUAGAGAAUUUGAAUUAUUUGAAAUGAAUGAUGGUGAAACUAUUCAAAACAUGCAAAAGAGAUUAACUCAUAUUGUUACUCAUUUGGAUGCAUUAGGAGCUUCAUACAACAAUUUGCAAAUGGUAACUAAAGUUUUGAGAAGCUUGAAUAGGGAUUGGCAACCUAAGGUGACGGCUAUUUGUGAAUCAAAAGAUUUAAAGAGUAUGUCCAUUGCUACACUCUUUGGGAAGCUUCAAGAGCAUGAGUUAGAAUUGGCAAGACUAACUUUGAAGGAGGAAGCCAAAAAGAAAAGCAAAGGAUUAGCUAUGCAAGCCACUAGCUCCAAAUCUCAAGUGGAGGAGGAAAAGGAAAAAAAAAAGCUAUCCGAUGAUGAAUUAGAUGAAGAUGAAAUGAGUUUCUUUGUUAAAAGGUAUGGAAAAUUCUUCAAGAAGAAGAACUUUCAAAGAAGACCUCCAAAGAGAAAAUUCAAUGAUGAAGGAGCUUCUCAACCUCCUCAUACACCUUGGGAUGAAGAUUUAAGAUCAUCCGAUGAUUCAAGCAAUGAAGAAGCAAAUGUAUGUUUCUUGCAAGAUUCUAAAGCCUCAAAUGAUAUAAGCAAAGGAAUGCAACAUAUGUGUUUUAUGACAAUUGAAAAUGGCAAUGAGUCGGAAUCCGAGGCAAACUCCACUUGCUCUUCUAUAUCUCCUUCAUAUGAUGAAUUGCAAAAUUUAUUUGAUGAAUUACAUAGUGAAUCUUUAGAGCAUGUUAAAUCUCUUAGAGAAAUGAGAAAGACCAUUGUCUCCUUGGAAAAACAAAUUGCAUGCCUAAACAAAGAAGUGUGCUUAAAGAGUGCUUCAUCUAAAUGGGUAUUGGACAGUGGUUGCUCAAGACAUAUGACGGGAGACAUUAUCAAAUUUCUUUCAAUUACAAGGAAGGAUGAUGGACAUGUAUCUUAUGGAGAUAAUACCAAAGGAAAGAUCCUUGGCAUUGGAAAAGUUGGUAACUCCUCAUCAACUUGUAUAGAAAAUGUUUUGCUUGUUGAUGGUUUUAGACAUAACUUGCUUAGUAUUAGUCAAUUAUGUGACAAAAACUUUAAAGUUGUUUUUGAUUCUAAAUGUUGCAAAAUUGAAAAUUUAAAUGAUGGGCAAGUUUAA